AUGAAAUAUUUUUUUUAAUUUUUAGGAGUAAAUUGUAAAUUAUUUCAAUUAUGGACAUGAUUUAUAAAAUAAAUCGUAUUUUACUAUAAAACAAUUUUGUUUUUGAAGUAAUUAGUGAAGAUAAAAUUAAUGACAUGUCAUUGCUUUGUUUCAAGAGUAGGAAGUUUACGCCAAAAAGUGCGACUGCGCACUGGCCAAAUUAGUAGUGUGAAAGAAAAUGGCGAUCAGCGAAAGGCGUCCGGAGUUAACGUGAUGAAAAACAUUGUAAAAGCUCAAUUACAUAGUGUUAUAGUUAUUAAUUGUGUCAGAUGUAGAUUAAUUAAGUGUUAAUGAAUAGUGAUUGUGUAUAAAAAUGGCUGCGAAUAUGUACAGAGUCGGCGACUGCGUCUAUUUCGAGACGUCGUCGACGUCUCCGUACCAAAUCCGGCGGAUAGAGGAACUUAACAAGACCGCCUCGGGUAACGUGGAGGCGAAAGUCAUGUGCUUCUACAGGCGGCGGGACCUGCCCAACCCCCUCAUACAGUUAGCUGAUAAGCAUCAAAUGGCCCAGUCAGAAGACUCACCAGUGGCUAUGAAACUCAAGAAAAUAUGCCUUAAGACGCCGGUGGGCGAGGAACAAGCAGCACAAGCAGUCCUCGACCCCGCGCUAGCGGCGAUGGAGGAGGAAUCUAGCGAGUUGCCCGGCACGGACGGGCUGGCGCCGAAGCAGCGGCACCAGGCGAAGCACCGCGAGCUGUUCCUCUCGCGCCACGUGGAGACGCUGCCCGCGACCCACAUCCGGGGCAAGUGCACCGUCACGCUCCUCAACGAGACAGAGUCGCUGCUCAGCUAUCUCAAUAAGGAUGACGCAUUUUUUUAUUGUUUAGUAUUUGAUCCUUCACAAAAGACUUUAUUAGCAGAUAAGGGAGAAAUCAGAGUUGGAAGUAGAUAUCAGACUGAAGUAACUAAUUUAUUAAAAGAAGGCGAGGAAGACGAGCGCAACAGCGAGGAUCUGGAGACGGUAGUGUGGACGCCGGAGCACGGGCUGACGGACCGGCAGAUCGACCAGUUCCUCGUGGUGUCGCGCUCCGUCGGCACCUUCGCGCGCGCGCUCGACUGCUCCUCCAGCGUCAAGCAACCCUCGCUGCACAUGUCUGCUGCUGCUGCCAGCCGGGACAUCACACUGUUCCACGCGAUGGACACGCUGCACAAGUCCGGGUACAGCAUAGAGACGGCGCUGUCGUCGCUGGUGCCGGCAUCGGGCCCGGUGCUGUGUCGCGACGAGAUGGAGGAAUGGUCCGCCUCCGAGGCCAACCUAUUCGAGGAGGCCCUCGACAAGUACGGCAAGGACUUCGCCGACAUACGGCAGGACUUUUUGCCAUGGAAGACGCUAAAGAACCUGGUGGAGUACUACUACAUGUGGAAGACGACGGACCGCUACGUGCAGCAGAAGCGCGUGAAGGCCGUCGAGGCCGAGUCCAAGCUGAAGCAGGUGUACAUUCCCAACUACAACAAGCCCAACCCAGCGCUCAUCACAAACACGACCAGUGGCAAGGGCGGCGCCGUGCUCAACGGAGGCACCAACGGCACCGCCAACAUGGCCGGCGCCAACCUCUGCGCCUCCUGUCAAGCAACCAGUUCAAACCAGUGGUAUGCGUGGGGUCCACAGCAUUUACAGUACAGAUUGUGUGGAUCCUGCUGGCAAUACUGGAAGAAAUACGGAGGACUCAAGAACAAGAACAACGUGGCCAGCGGCGGCGUGUUCCCGGAGAGCGAGGCGGAGGCGGCGCCGCGCCGCGCCGACGACGACGCCGGCCUGUCGCUGUCGCACCGCCCGCACCGCUGCACCGUACUCAACUGCGCCAAGGAGUUCAAGCUGCGCGCGCACCUGGCGCGGCACGUGGCCACGGCGCACGGCGCGGGCGAGGGCGCGCGGCCCGUGAUGAAGACGCGCGCCGCCUUCUUCCUGCGCGCCACGCCCUUCACGCGCCUGGCGCGCCGCCUGUGCCGCGCGCUGCGCCGCCCCAGGCACUUCGCGCGCUCGCCCUUCUCGCCCAUCAACCUGCAGCAGGUCAAGCACGAGUGUUCGAUAGCGAUGGCGGGCCUGGGCGGCGCGGAGCUGCGCGCGGCGGGCGCGGCGGGGGCGGGCGCGGGGCGCGCGCGCGGCCCCGUGGGCGCCGUGGCCACGCGCCUGGCCGCCGCGCUGGGCACGCUGGCGCCGCGCGCGCAGGACUGGCUCACGCUCACGCCGCGCGACCGCAUGCCCGUGCCGCCGCACGUCGCCUUCCCCAAGCCGCCGAAGGCUCCCGACGGCAGCCUGGUGUACGAGCGCGUGGUGUCCCGCGCCGAGCUGGAGGCGCGCCGCGCCGAGCCCGCGCCCGCGCCCGCGCCGCCCGCGCCGCUCAAGCGCCGCGCCUACGACGACAUCAACGGACUCGACAGAGCCGGGUCUCGGGGCGAGGGCCCGUCGGCGCCGCCGCCGGCCAAGCGGCCCAACAAGCACCCGGCGCCGAUGCAGCGGCCCUCGCGCGAGCAGUACGCCGCCAUGUGCGCGCGCGCCCAGGCCACGGGGCAGCCGCUGCCCGCGCACGUCUUCACGCACGUAAACGGAAAACCGAAUCUGACGGGUCGCGGCGGACGCCGCCACGUCAUCUCGUGGAUGGACGCCCCGGACGACCUCUAUUUUAAAGCGACCGAAGCCGCCAAGGCCGCCCGGCGGACGCUGAGCUGCGGCGAGCUGCGGCGCGGGGCGCGCGCGCCCUGGCGGGCGGUGCGCGGCGGCGCGGCGCUGGGGGCGGCGGCGCUGGGGGCGGGCGCGCUGGGGGCGGCGGCGCUGGGGGCGGGCGGCGCCGGCAAGGCGGGCGGCGCGGCGCCGCCGCUGCAGCUGGUGAUCCUGGACUGA